UCCUCCUUCAUCCGAGUGGAUCACUUUGGGGGUGGAAAUACUUCUGCAAUCAACCCAGAGGUUCCAUCUUAUAACUGAAUAUUGAAACGAAGAGAGGGGGGUGGGGUGGGGAUAAAGGCUGCUUUUUCCUCCCCUUGGGAUUUAUUUCAUGGGGAUGUGUUCAAGACAAGAGAGGAUUCAGAAGGAUAUUGACGUUGUGAUCCAAAAGUGCAAGGCGGAGAAGGACUGCCUGUUUGCAGAUUUCAGGUACUCAGACUCCACCUUCACCUUCACCUAUAUUGGAGGCUCCAAAAGCAUAUCCUAUUCAGUACAUGUCUCGGAGGAUUAUCCAGAUAACACAUAUGUUUCCAGUUCAGAUAAUGAUGAAGAUGUGUUAGUUACAACAGAGUCAAUCCCAGUAAUUUUCCAUAGAAUCGCAACAGAAUUAAGAAAAACCAGUGAUGUUAACUGUUGCUUAUCUAUAAAAUCAAAAUUACAGAGGGAAAAUGGAGAGGACUCAAGGCACAAUAGUGCAGUUGAAGAAGAUUCUGAAGGAGAUAAUGAUUCUGAAGAGUUUUAUUAUGGGGGACAGGUUAACUACGAUGGAGAACUUCACAAGCACCCACAACUGGAAGCUGAUUUGACAGCAGUGAGAGAGAUCUAUGGGCCUAAUGCAGUAUCUCUCAGGGAAUAUGGAGCCAUUGAUGAUGUAGAUAUUGAUCUGCAUAUUGAUGUUAGCUUUCUUGAUGAAGAGAUUGCUGUGGCUUGGGAUGUAAUCCGCACAGAGCCUAUAAUAGUGCGAUUGCACUGUUCACUUACACAGUACUUAAAUGGUCCAGUACCCACCGUGGAUGUAUUUCAGAUCUCUACUAAGGAAAGAUUUGGGUUGGGACAUCAGCUGAAAAAAAUAAUGCAGACAUUUGUUACACAGCAGUGGAAAAAUAGCAAAGAAAAAUCAAAUUGUACGCACAAUAAGAAAGUGUCUGAGAAAAAGGUGAAAUCCCCUCUGCACAUCUUUUCUACAUUGCGCAGGUCGCCAAGUUAUCCUCCACCUGGCUGUGGUAAAAACAAAUCAAAACUGAAAUCUGAACAAGAUGGCAUCUCCAAAACUCACAAGCUGCUGAGAAGGACUUGUUCUAGCACAGUUAAGUCUGAGGAUGUGUGUGCCACAAAGUCUCACAGAACUUUUGGCCGUUCAUUGUCUAGUGAUCCUAGGGCUGAGCAGACAAUGGCUAUUAAAUCACACAAACUGUUGAAUCGUUCUUGCUCGGCAGCUGUCAAGCAAGAAGAAUGCAUCACUCUAAAGCCCCAAAAACUCCUAAGCAGAUCAUGUUCCGGGGAUCCUCGAUGUGAGCACAAUAGCACCUUGAAGCCUCACAAACUUUUAAGCAGGUCUUAUUCCAGUAAUCUUAGAAUGGAAGAAUUAGAUGGACUGAAGAAUCACAAGUUACUCAGCAAGUCUUACUCCAGUGCCCCUAAGUCAUCCAAAAUGGAGUUUUUCAAAGAACCCACCAUAGCAGAGGGCAGGAGGCUCUCUCUUACCUCAGGGCUUAUUGGUAUCUUAACGCCAUCUUCCUCAUCAUCUUCGCAAGCUGCUCCGAAUUAUGGUGCAAAAUGCAUUCCAAUACGAGACAAUGGCUUUCUUGUGCAGACUAUUGAGUUUGCUGAGCAGCGGAUACCAGUGCUGAAUGAAUACUGCGUAGUUUGUGACGAACCACAUGUGUUUCAGAAUGGCCCCAUGCUGAGGCCCACAGUAUGUGAACGGGAGCUGUGUGUUUUUGCUUUCCAAACUCUAGGAGUAAUGAAUGAAGCUGCAGAUGAAAUUGCCACUGGGGCUCAGGUGGUAGAUUUAUUAGUAUCCAUGUGUCGAUCGGCAUUAGAAUCACCCCGGAAAGUUGUCAUUUUUGAGCCAUAUCCUUCUGUAGUUGAUCCUAAUGAUCCUCAGGUGCUGGCCUUUAAUCCAAGGAAGAAGAAUUAUGAUCGAGUCAUGAAAGCACUGGAUAGUAUUACUUCUAUUAGAGAAAUGACACAGGCACCAUAUUUGGAAAUAAAGAAGCAGAUGGAUAAACAGGACCCGCUUGCGCAUCCUCUUCUGCAGUGGGUUAUUUCUAGUAAUAGGUCACAUAUUGUGAAACUACCAGUGAACAGGCAACUGAAGUUUAUGCACACUCCCCAUCAGUUCCUCCUUCUCAGCAGUCCACCAGCCAAAGAAUCCAAUUUCAGAGCUGCUAAAAAUCUCUAUGGAAGUACCUUUGCAUUUCAUGGUUCACACAUUGAAAACUGGCACUCCAUCCUGAGGAAUGGCUUAGUUGUUGCUUCCAAUACAAGGCUGCAGCUCCAUGGUGCAAUGUUUGGAAUUGGGAUCUACCUUAGUCCAUUGUCAAGCAUAUCAUUUGGUUACUCAGGGAUGAAUAAGAAGCAGCAGAAGGUGUCAGCUAAGGAUGAACCUGCUUCGAGCAGUAAAGGCAGUAAUGCAUUACAGUCACAGAAAAAAGGACAGCAAUCCCAAUUUUUGCAAAGCCGUAAUUUAAAAUGCAUAGCCUUAUGUGAAGUGAUAACCUCACCUGAUCUGCACAAACAUGGGGAGAUAUGGGUAGUUCCCAACACUGAUCAUGUGUGUACGAGAUUCUUCUUUGUUUAUGAAGAUGGCCAAGUGGGUGAUACAAGUAUAAAUACACAAGAAACAGGCAUUCACAAAGAGAUUCUUCGAGUCAUCGGUAAUCAAACUGCUACUGGGUAA